AUGGACAACAGUAGCUUUGAAGACGCUGCUAACACAACACUUGAGAUUGAUCUGGAUUCCUGCACCUUGUUGAGGAACACGGCAAUUCGUUUCGUCUUGUACGGUUUCUUUUUUAUCAGCAUCAUCUGCACAGUGGUGGGCAACUUUCUGGUAAUCCUCUCAAUUUCCUACUUUAAACAGCUGCAGUCACCUACUAACACCUUCGUCAUGUCAUUAGCUGUGGCCGAUUGCCUUGUGGGCCUGAUCGUAAUGCCAUACAGUAUGAUUCGGACAGUUGAAGGGUGCUGGUACUUUGGCUCCCUGUUUUGCCAGCUUCACUCCAGCUUUGAUGUCAUGUUGUGUACUGCUUCUAUAUUCCACCUGAGUUGCAUUGCCUUUGAUCGCUAUUAUGCCGUUUGCAACCCACUUGUUUAUUCUUUAAAAAUGUCCCAAGGACGAGUCACUUUCCUCAUUGUCACAUGUUGGGCGGUGCCAAUGCUGAUUUCCUUUGGUCCCAUAAUGCUGGGCCUCCAUAUGGCUGGUGUUGAUAUCCCACUCCCUGAAGACGGAUGUAUUUUAUUGGUCAAUCGCUUCUACGCUGUCAUGGCCUCCUUAAUAGCCUUCUACUUGCCCAUGGCUAUCAUGCUGGUGGCCUACUGGAAAAUUUUCAAAGCCGCCAGACGACAGGCAAGGCAGAUCAGCGCCAUGGAAAGCCAGAUGGCCGCUGGAGUAGGAAAAGACUCGAGCAAAAAGAAAAAGCACCGCAACACCAUGAAGAGAGAGCGAAAGGCAGCAAAAACCUUGGGCAUCAUCAUGGGAGUCUUCCUCAUCUUUUGGAUGCCAUUUUUUACUGUCAACAUUGUGGACCCUUUUAUUGAUUACAGCACAGAAGUGGUCAUCUGGGAUAUAUUUUUAUGGCUGGGCUACAUCAACUCAUCACUAAAUCCCUUCCUGUAUGGUUUCUUUAAUCGCUCCUUUCGGAGAGCAUUCCUCAUGUUCAUGGGUUGUAGAGUGUGUAGACCUGGGAUCUCCCCUGGAAUGGAAUUGUCACACACCCGGAAAGAAGCAAAUGAAUGA